UUUGAGUUUAACAGCAUUUACAAUAGAAACUGCUUUAUUUUUGCCCUCAUAAAGGUUGGAAACAUUGGUGUGCUACGAAGCGUUAUUAUUGUUUAUUUGUUUAAUGUUCAUUUAACGGCACAAUUUAUAAAGUAGCUUCACUGGAACGUGUAUAGCUGAGACUAGACUUCAACUGACGCCAGUAGAUGAGACCAACAGCGUCCAGAACGCGCAAAAUGAGUAACAAUUAUAAUGAUAUACCCAUUGGCAUACGCCUGCUCCAGAGUUUCUCCCGACACUGUCCCCGUUUCCAUGCCCGGAAGGAGCUAUGCUACAAAAUGUCCAUAUUUCUUCUUACAUUCCUCGCCUACACUUGCUAUCAUAUGUCCCGCAAGCCAAUCUCUGUGGUCAAAUCAGUGCUCCAUGGCAACUGCUCAAAUGCGCAGUUGCAAGAUGAGGGCAAUUGCGGGUAUGCGCCCUUUGAUGGACCCGAUUCGAAAGCUCUAUUUGGCAUGCUGGACUCGGCUUUUCUCUUCUCCUACGCCAUUGCCAUGUUCGCAUCCGGCUUUAUCGCCGAGCGCGUCUCUUUGCGCUACUUUCUAUCCAUGGGCAUGAUUAUGACGGGCGUGUUUACAUACUUAUUUGGUCUGGCGCGCACUUCCAAUAUACACAGCCUGUCCUACUUCAUAAUUGUGCAAAUAUUUGCGGGCAUUUUCCAAACCACAGGCUGGCCGGGAGUUGUGACGCUGGUGGGUCGCUGGUUUGGCAAGAAGAAGCGUGGAUUAAUCUUUGGCAUUUGGAAUAGUCACACCUCCAUUGGCAACAUUCUGGGCACUCUAAUAGCAGCGCAUUAUGUGGAGAAGGAUUGGGCACUGUCCUUUGUGGUGCCUGGCAUUAUAAUUGGAGCAGUUGGUUUUCUGCUCUUCCUCUUUCUCGUCGAUCAGCCCGAGAUUGUCGGCUGCCAACCACAGCCUGACACCCAGGAGCGUCGCAUUUCCAACGAAUCCGAUGCGGAUAAUGAUGAUGAUGAGGAGCAGGCACGUCGCUCCGAAGCGUUUUAUGCCCAGUCCGGUUACGCCGAUCCCCAAAGCGAUCAGAUUAGCUAUCGAUCUGCGCCUACGGAACGCACACCCAUCUUGCCACGUUCACAGGCUUCGAGGGAGCACGCAGCGACAGGACGUCCCAUCGGAUUAAUUGAUGCACUAUACAUUCCCGGCGUGAUUGAGUUCUCUCUUUGCUUGUUCUUCACCAAGCUGGUCAGCUACACCUUCAUGUACUGGCUUCCACUCUACAUACAGUCUUCCAACUCUUUUGGUCCAACGCUCUCCGCAUAUCUCUCAACGCUCUUUGAUGUGGGUGGCGUUGUGGGUGCCAUUGCUGCGGGCUAUGUGUCCGAUUUGACCGGCAUGUCGGCCACUGUUUGCACUGUCAUGUUGUUCUUUGCCUCGCCAGUUCUGUUAAUGUAUGAAAAAUACGGCGUAUUGUCGCUUACAAUUAGCGUCUCGUUGCUCAUCAUUGUGGGCAUUUUUGUGAACGGCCCAUACGCCUUGAUAACGACCUCGGUUAGUGCUGAGCUGGGUCAGCACAGCUCGUUGGAGGGCAACUCGAAUGCUCUGGCAACAGUGACUGCCAUCAUCGAUGGCACGGGCUCCAUAGGCGCUGCUGUUGGUCCACUACUUGCUGGCCUAAUCUCCAGUCACAGCUGGGAGAAAGUCUUCUACAUGCUCAUCGUGUCGGACAUAAUUGCAAUGGUUCUACUAAUGCGUCUGGUCAUCAAGGAAUGCAACACUUUGCGUCGUUCUGCGACCCGCAUACGCAUCGAAUAGCAGUAGUAUGAUUUUGAUUUUGAUUUAAAUUUAAAUUGAUAUUUUCAUAUGUACAUAGUGCAUUGUAAUACAUACAUAGACAUCUAAACGUGCUUUAUGUAUGUAAUCGCAUUAGCUAUUUUUACUUUAGACCACCAAUUAUAUAUGUAUCUAUAACUAUUAGUAUAUUUAUGUGAAAUCAUAUCACCAACCUAUUUAGUUAACUGAAAACGUUGUAUUUCAAUCGCACGAGCAGCCCAAAUCUUUACCAUAUUUAUUAUAUGUAUGUAUGUAUUGUUAGACAGCAUUUGGUCUAGACAAGUUAACAGUUUUAUAUAUAUUUUAUAACGUUGUGCGUGUAUCAGAGUCUCCUCGUUUUAAGUGCCGAAAUAUAUUCAUAUAUACUAGCAUAUAAACUAUAAUUAAAGUAUAUUUACAACUGCUAUGUAAAUACGAUUUUCGUACACUUUUGGUACCAAUAAACUAAGAUAAUGCUGUCUUCGUGCGGCGUUGUCUAAAUGAGAAAAUUUA